CGUGUAGAUAAAUGAGUAGCUUUAACGUGUGGUCAUCGCACUUGUUUUGUUUAGUCUCUUUGCUUUGGCUUUUGAUCUUUAAAAAUCAAAUACCAAUUCCAAGAUAUUUUGUACUAGACUAGAUCCCAGAAAAUUUGAAGUCACCCAAUUCAAAUCCCGAUCCGGAUAAAUUUCAUGAAAUCAUACAAACCUUUGUAUUUGUAUUUGUAACUAACGAGAAAGAGAAAUAAAAAGUGCACCGACUUUUGGAGAUGCUGGCGAAGGUACACGUGUCAACGCUAGAGUGCCACCUACCACCGACCGGGAAUGUUCUCCGGGGGCGAGUUGUGACCACGUGGGACCCUCUUCGACAUCGUAGAAUUUUUGUACAACCGUGCAGGAGCUUUAAGUCAUCUGAGGAUGCGGGAGAUUAUCAUGUGGAGGGAAGUAAACCUGUAAACAAAUUGGUUGAAACUAUUAGGUCUGCUGUUUGGAGUUGUUCAAAACCAAGUUUGAGAACUGAAAAUAAGCUCAGAGAAGCUAUGGAGAAGUUGGAGGAGAGAUUAUUCGUCUUGGCAUUAUACGUGGGAAGAUAUAUCAUCACGAUGAUGAGCACAGGUGUUGUCAUGUUUGUCGGAUUUCAGUUGUCAGGUCGAGAUAGCCAAAUGAAUGAAUUGAUAUGGUAUAGUUGGGUUGGAGGAAUUAUUAUUGGGACUAUGAUAGGAUCCAAUUUGGUUUUGGAUGAGGUUGCUCGAGCUGGCCCUCGUAAUGUUGUUAUAACGGGAAGUACAAGGGGACUAGGGAAAGCUCUUGCACGCGAAUUUUUACUUUCUGGGGACCGUGUCAUUGUUACCUCUCGCAGCCCUGAAUCUGUUGGUUUGACUAUCAAGGAGCUCGAGGAAAAUCUGAAGCAAUCUGUGAAUUCUGCUCGUGGGUCUGCUAGGAAAAAGUUAGCACAUGCAAAAGUGGCUGGUAUGGCUUGUGAUGUCUCUGAACCUGUUGAUGUUAUAAAGCUGGGCAAGUUUGCUGCAGAUGAACUUGGUUAUAUAGACAUUUGGGUAAACAAUGCUGGGACAAACAAAGGUUUUCGACCCUUGCUGCAGUUUACCGACAAUGAUAUUCAAGAGAUUGUCUCCACAAACCUGAUUGGUUCUAUACUAUGCACUAAAGAAGCUAUCCAAAUCAUGAAAACCCAAUGCAAAGGUGGACAUGUCUUUAACAUGGAUGGUGCAGGGUCUGGAGGAUCUAGCACCCCUCUGACAGCUGUCUAUGGGUCAACAAAAUGUGGUCUCAGGCAGCUUCAAUCAUCCCUACUGAAGGAGUGCAAGCGGUCAAAAGUUGGAGUGCAUACGGCCUCUCCAGGCAUGGUCCUAACCGACCUAUUGCUGAGUGGAUCAACUAUCCAAAAUAGGCAGAUGUUUAACAUCAUUUGUGAACAUCCAGAGACAGUUGCUAGAACACUAGUGCCAAGGAUGCGGGUUGUGAAAGGAAGUGGAAAAGCCAUCAAUUAUUUGACUCCACCAAGGAUCUUAAUUGCCUUAGUAACCUCUUGGUUGAGACGGGGCCGAUGGUUUGAUGAUCAGGGAAGAGCACUGUAUGCUGCAGAGGCGGAUAGACUCCGUAACUGGGCUGAAAGCCGAGCACGUUUCUCAUUCACAGAUGCCAUGGAGAUGUACACUGAGAAUACUUGGAUCUCUGUGUUCUCACUCUCUGUGGUUUGUGCAUUCAUCAUAUUAUCAAGCACAGGUAGCACAUAGACUGGACUUGGAUGCUAACCUCAACUGGUUAAGGUUGUUUGAAAGAUGGGAAGCCCUGAACUAUGACACAACUAACUUAUGUACACUCCAGCUUCGAAAUUGAUCAUAAAGAAAGCACAUGUCCGAUUGGGAUGGGCGUCUUGCUCUAUAUAUUGAAUGCUUAAAAAGAAAUGAACUAUGGUCUCGCAUGAUAGUCUCAGUGAAUGAUUUUUUUUUUUAAUUUGAAAGUCUCCAUUGAUCAUUGAUUUACCGAAAGUUGCAAUUUGAGAUGGUGAAUGAUAUUGGAUGUACAGGAAUUUGUCUAUUGUGACGUGUAACAAUGAAACUAUUAGGUAUUCUUUUAAGCAAAAAUCAGUGUGAUAGUUACUGAGAUUUAGAUGUUUUGAA